UCAUUUCCUUCCAUUCCAGUCUCUCUCUAGAAUAAAUUCAGCAGCAAUCAUUCACAUCACCAAAAUGGUGCAGUAUAUAUGUAUUUCCACACAUAUCUAUCUACAAAAACUUUAAUCACAAUGAAAUCCACCUACAGCAAACGCCAUGGCACCAUCUCCCUCCUCUUCUUCUUCCUCGUUCUCUCCCUUUCGCCGGCGGCAGCCCAACCAAGCCCCAAUCCAGACAACAUGUACGCGCGCUUCAGCCCCCCCAUGGCCGUCAUCAUCGCCGUCCUCGUCGCCGCCCUCUUCUUCAUGGGCUUCUUCUCCAUCUACAUCCGCCACUGCUACGACGCCUCCGCCGGCUCUAACGUCGGAGCCGCCCUCCGCCGCGGCAGCCUCUCCCUGCACGCCCGCCGCACCGCCGCGCGCGGCCUCGACGCGUCGGCGAUCGAGGCGCUCCCGACCUUCUCCUACUCCGAGGUGAAGGACCACAAGAUCGGCAAGGGCGCGCUCGAGUGCGCCGUCUGCCUCAACGAGUUCGAAGACGACGAAACGCUGCGUUUGCUCCCCAAAUGCGACCACGUCUUCCACCCCGACUGCAUCGACGCCUGGCUCGCCUCCCACACCACCUGCCCGGUCUGCCGGGCCAAUCUCGCCCAGCAGACCGGUCCUGACCCGGUCCAACCGGAGGAGACCGAUCCUCCGGUUGAGGGUGAUCAGUCCAGAGACGAAGAGAUUGUAAUCCAAGUGGACGAAGAUGAUCAUCCGCAGCCCUCCGAGAGUUUCGAAACACCGAACCGGCCGGCAAGGUCGUGGUCGAUUCGGAGGCCGAAGAUGCUCGGGUUUGGUAAGUUCCGGUCACACUCGACGGGGCAUUCGCUGGUCCAACCGGGCGAUAAUCUGGACCGGUUUACACUGAGGUUGCCCGAGGGAGUGAGGAAGGAGGUGAUGGACCGGGCAAUGCUGAACCGGACUAGAAGCCUCACGGCGGGGCUACAAAGGGAAGGUAGUUCGAGGAAAGGAUACCGGACCGGGGGAGAAGAGGGGAGCAGCCGGGCUGGGCGGUUGUAUAAGCGGCUCGAGCUGCCCGGUCGGGGAGCCAACUCGGACCGGUGGGUGUUUUUCACGAGAGGGAUAUCGUUCCGAUCGCCAAGGGUGGUGGCGGACGGCGGCGAAGGGUCCAGCUCAAAGAGGAGCGGGGGGAAGACGCCGGUGAAGAUGCCGUCGUUCAAGUGCUUGGAACCUAAGACGGACGGAGAUGAAAACCGGCCGUUUUCGGAGCCGGCGCGGGUUUAGGGGUGUUGGUUAGUCAAAAUUGGCGGAAAGGUAUAUGAUGGGAAGGCAGUUGGAAGAGAGGGCUAGGUUCGGUGGGGUAGGAAAAAGUCUAAUUUGGCUAUUUUCUUAUUGGAAUCGGAUUCUAGAUUAACUGUGCUUUUUUUUUGGUACUAUGAUUUUCUUAUUUGGCUCUAUUCUUCUCUUUUAAUUGCCUAUAUAUCUGUUUGUUGUUCAUUGAUUUGUGGUACAGUAUCAUUUUUGGGUAAGCUUGAGGAUGAGAAAUGGAAGUCAGUGCUGUAAAUUAUUUUAUGACUUUUCGGAAUGUUAUGUACCGUUUGUAGAAUAAGAAACAGUUAGUUAUUGAAUUUUAUAUGCUCUUUGGGAGCUAAUUAAGAUUCUAAAGGUA